AUGGCACCCACUACCAUUGACCUGGGUGGCCUCCAGACCGAGAACCGGAACCCAAGAACCACCACCAUCGACCAGGUUUCCACGGAGCAGCUGUGUCGCAUACUUCACGAGGAGGACUGCCGCGUCCCUGCCGCCAUCACGCCAUGCCUGCCAGAGAUUGCCAGGGCCAUUGACGCCCUGACGGAGAGCGUCCGCCGCGGCGGUCGCGUCUUCUACAUUGGCGCCGGAACAAGUGGGAGGCUCGGCGUGCUAGACGCCUCUGAGAUCCCGCCGACCUACUCGGCGCCCCCGAGUCAGUUCGUCGCGCUGAUUGCAGGCGGCGACGACGCCCUGCGCAGCGCCAAGGAGGGCGCCGAGGACGACAGGUCCUCUGCCAAGGCCGACCUUGACGCCCGCGACUUCCAGCCCGGCCUGGACUGCCUAAUCGGCAUCGCCUCCUCCGGCCGCACCCCGUACGUCCUCGGUGGCCUGGCCCACGCCCGGGCCCUAGGCUGCGUCACCGUCGGCGUCGUCUGCGUGCGGCCAUCCGCGGUGGAAUCCGAGGGCAACGCCGACCACCUCAUCAGCGCCGUCACCGGGCCCGAGUCCGUCACGGGCAGCACGCGCAUGAAGGCCGGCACCGCGACGAAGCUGGUGCUGAACAUGAUCAGCACGGGCAUCAUGAUUAGGUUGGGCAAGACGUAUGGCAACUUGAUGGUAGAUCUCAAGGCAACGAACAUCAAGUUGCAGCAGCGCGCUAGGAACAUUUUACGGGCCAUUGGUGGUCAGCGCUGUCAUCAAUCUGAUGAAGAGUUAGAUGAAAUACUCGCAGCCAGCCGCGGCAGCACCAAGCUCGCCGCCGUAGUCAUCGUCCUCGGAGUCACCCCAGUGGAAGCCGAGCUGCACCUCGAGCGCAACAACGGCGUCCUCGCCCACGUAUUUGCCGAAGCUGCAGAGCCCAAACCCGACGCUACGGCGACCAAUGGCGACGAUGGUGGCCUCGUGCUUUGCGUCGAUGCGGGGGGCACCAGCUGCAAGGCUGUGAUCCUCUCCAAGAACGGGGCUGUCGGGGCAGGCGUCGGAGGCCCAUGUAACGUAGCCAGCGUCGGGCUGGACGCCUGCCUGUCAGCUAUAUCUGACGCCAUCCAGCAAGCCACGGAUUCAUGCUCGGCGACACGCGGGCGCAAGUUCUCGUCCGUCACGUUCGCGGCGGCCUGGGUCGGCAUCGCCGGAUACGACGCGCCCGCUACGCAGCCCUCCAUCAACGCGGGACUGUCCAAGCUGCUCAACCUCGGCGUCGGCGACGGCCUCGUCGUGACGACCGACGUUGACCUCCUACCAGUCGCGUCGUCCGCUUCCUCGGAGGCGGUCGUCGUGCUGGUCGCGGGGACCGGGUCCAUCGGCAUGAGCUUUCGCAGAGAGGAGGACGGGCGCUUCGCCCGCACAGGGCGCGCGGGCGGCUGGGGCUACCUGCUCGGCGACGAUGGUUCCGGAUACGGCAUCGGGCGCGAGGCCCUCCGGCUGGCGCUGCGAGCAAGCGAUGCGUGCCGCGUACGCAGAGACGCGGGGUCGCAGCAGCAGCCCAUGCCACCACUCGCCGCCGCGAUAGUUGACCACUUCGAGACGACGAGGCCGGAGGAGCUGCUCAGCGCCAUCAUGGUGUCCGCCACCGCUCCACAGCAGCAUCACGCCGUAAUGGAUAGGACUAGUCGCAUCGCCGGGGUGGCCAAGACCGUGUUGUCCAUGGCGGGGACGAAUGAGGACGCGGACCGCAUCGUGGCCGCCGGCGCUGGCAGCCUGGCAGAGCUCGCCGCCCUGCUGGUGUCUGGCCAGGGGAUCGAGCCGUCUAGAACCAGCCUGGUUCUGGCGGGCGGCCUCAUGCAGGACGAGGGGUAUCGCGGGCGGGUGGUCGGCUCCGUCGAGAGGGCAGGUUACAAGUUUCAGCAGGUCCAGGCGGUGCACCAUCCAGCCAUGAACGGAGCGAGGUUCCUAUUAUCGCAAAUCGACAGAUCAACUUUGAUGGGUUUCAACAACUCAGACAGGACAGUUGGAGUCGUAUAA